AUGGCGCCCUUCAAGCUCGCCCUCUUCCUCGCCAUGAACCUGGCCAUCCUCUUGGCCGUGCAUGGCUGCGGGUCAUGCGGCAACACACCGCCCGUCCCAGUCCCAAGCCCGCCCAUCGCCGUGCCCCCACCAGCUCCCGUGCCGUCUCCGCCUUCGUCCGGUGGCGGGGGCGGCACCUGCUCCAUCGACACGCUGAAGCUGAAGGUAUGCGCCAACGUGUUGAACCUGCUGAAGCUAAACCUCGGCGUGCCGACGGACGAGCAGUGCUGCCCCCUUCUGAGCGGCCUCGCCGACCUAGACGCCGCCGUGUGCCUCUGCACCGCCAUCAAGGCCAAUGUCCUCGGCAUCAAGCUCAACGUCCCUGUCGACCUCGUUCUCCUCCUCAACCAGUGCGGCAAGACCUGCCCUGCCGAUUUCACCUGCCCUAGCUGA